UCCUAGGUGGCCUGGGCCUCUCCAACACCAUGUACUCACGACUAGGGGAGAUCAUCAGCGUGGAUGGGUCCAUCACUGUGACCCUGGCAGCACACCAGGCUAUCGGCCUCAAGGGGAUCAUCUUGGCCGGCACUGAGGAGCAGAAGGCCAAAUACUUGCCUAAACUGGCGUCCGGGGAGCACAUUGCAGCCUUCUGCCUCACGGAGCCAGCCAGUGGGAGCGAUGCAGCCUCGAUCCAGAGCAGAGCCACGCUAAGUGAAGACAAGAAGCACUACAUCCUCAAUGGCUCCAAGGUCUGGAUUACCAAUGGAGGACUGGCCAAUAUUUUUACUGUGUUUGCAAAGACUGAGGUCGUUGAUUCUGAUGGAUCAGUGAAAGACAAAAUCACAGCAUUCAUAGUAGAAAGAGACUUUGGUGGAGUCACUAAUGGGAAACCUGAAGAUAAAUUAGGCAUUCGGGGCUCCAACAGUAAGUAGCUCGUGUGUGCAUGUGUG